AUGUUUGCUAGAAAAAGAAGAGGCGACUUCGAUGAUGAUGAUGGCUAUCGUGAUUUUAGACCACGUAUGCAGAAGAGACAAAGAGUCCCUCCUGUGGUCCAACUAUGUAAAGAAAUGAUGCCCGAUAUUAGAACUAUUGGGGAAUCCAUUAAAUCCUUCGAUGAGGAUAUCCAAUUCUUGAGUGAAGCCAUCAUUAAUGAAUACGGGCAUGAAGAAUAUUUUAAUACUGCCUUAUUGAAUACUUUCAAUUCAAUUGUAAUGGAACAACCACAAAAACAACCUGCGAUAGCUUUAUUAACAUUGGUUGUUAAUAAUAAAAAUCCAAUUGCAGGUAAAAGUAUUGUAAAUUUUUUCUAUAAUGAAUUACAAAAAUGGUGCAAUGAAAGUUAUAAUGAAAACUUUAAUGUGACUUCAAAUGAAACUGGACCAUGGAAUAGAGUUAAAUUGAUUCUAAGAUUCUUAUCUUUGAUGUCACCAAUAUUAAUUAUAGAUGAUUUGAUUAAUAUUUAUAAAUCUUUGAUUGAUUUUAGCAUCGAAUUAAAUAAUAUUGAUCCAUCUAAAAGGAAUCCAUUAAGUGAAGCAAUUUAUACUAAUACUUUGAUGAAUAUCCCUUAUUUGUUUUAUUUUAAUAGAUCAAACGAAUUGUUGAAAAAUAAAGUUGAAGAAUUCAUUAUAAUGGUCGAAAGUUCUUAUAAUUUAAAAAUUAUUAAAAUCGAUUUGUUAAAUGAAUAUACUAAAUCUUUUGCUCCAUACGAACCAAUAGAAUUAGUUCAAAUCGUGUUAAACAAUGUUAAAAAAUCUUUAUCAAAUGAUAUGGAACAAUUAAAUCAAUUAUUUAUAAAUUGGCCACAUUUAUUACCUGAAAAAAUUGAUAAUAAUGAUGAUAGCGAUGGUAAUGCUGAUACUAAUGAACAUGGUUUUAACGAUCCUUUAAUAUUACCUACUAUUGAACAGGUUACUCCUUUUAUGGGCUUAGAUAGAGGUUUUGGUUCAGUGGAUGGUAUGUGGAAAACUCCAAGAUAUGAUUUCCAUGUUUAUUUACCAAAUUCAGUCGGUGAAUUCGAAACUGUUUUACCAAUAACAACUUUUGCAGGUCAAUUAUUUAAUGAUAUUAUAAUAGAUAUCGUUCAAAGUAUGGAAUUUAACAGAAAAGAAGUUGCAAGACAAGUCGUUACAUUGGAUUUGUUUUUCAAAAAUGGUAUCUUUGCUGAACCUGGUAUCCCAAUUGCUCAAUUGGUUGAUAAGUUCGAAGAAGAUCCUUUAACUUCAACUUAUAAAUUGGAAGAUAUCGCAAUUGAAACCAUUUUAAGUUUAAUGUUUAAAUUGCCAACAGUUUCACAACCUUUUGCUUAUUUUUAUACUUUAUUGGUUGAAAUUUGUCAAAACUCUCCAAAGGCUAUUGCUCCAGUAUUUGGUAGAGCUUUUAGAUUUUUUUACAACAAUCUAGAUAAUAUCGAUUUCGAAUUAAGAUCAAGAUAUUUAGAUUGGUUUUCAAUCCAAAUGAGUAACUUUAGUUUCUCUUGGAAGUGGAAUGAAUGGGAAAAUGACUCUAUCAAAUUUGGUAAAUUGUUUUAUUCUCCAAAGAUGUCAUUCGCUAAAAAUUUAAUUCGUAAAGAAUUAAGACUAACUUCAAAUACGCUAGAUGUUGAAGAAAGUUUACCAGAGGAAUUUAAACAAUAUUUAGACAGUUCUUACAUCAGCCAUGAUGAACUAGUACAAUAUUAUCAAUCAUUUUUCAAUGAUUUCAAAGUUGAGCCAUCAGAUGUUAAAAAACAUGAUUUAUAUUUUAAACAAGAUUCAUUACCAUUUGCUGAAUUGACUCGUAGAUUAAUUGACUUUAUGCAUAAGAAUGGAGAAGAGAAAAAAAUUGAAGAAUUGGAAUCUAUUGUUGAAGAAUUUAAGGAAAAUUAUGGUACAAUGUUUACAAAUUUUGAUAAAUUCAUCGUCACUAUAAUAGUUCAAUGUUUAGCUCAUUCUGGUAGUAGAUCUUUAUCUCACGCUAAUAAAUAUAUUAACGAUUUAGCCGAUGACAUUAAGCAUAUCUUUAACAAAUUGGAAAUUGAAGAUGAUAUCAAACAAUUCACUGCCAUUGAAGCUAUUGUUAGAUUCUGGAAUUCUAAUUCACAGACUGGUUUCUUAAUUACCGAUGCCUUCAAAUAUGCAGAAAUUAUAAGUUCAAAAUCAAUUUUUGAAUUUUGUUUCUUCGAAAAGGAUAACAGGAACUAUGGUUUAGUAGAUUCAACAGUUAUUGAAGCUAUUUUCAGAAAUCUAUCUCAAGAUCCUUUGAUCACUACAGGUAACCCAGCAAAUUUUGAAUUUGUCUUUGAAAAGUUGUGUGUAAUAAUCAAUGAUACCAUAAAUAAAUUGGGAGUAAAUGCGAUUGAAAAUGUUGUAGCCCCAAUUAUAACUGAAGACACGAUUUUUAACGACGAACAAGAGCUAGUUAAAUUAGAUUUGAUAUGGAAAUAUCAAACAGCUGUUGGAUUCUGUAAAAGUUUAUUAAGAAAAUACUCCGAUGAAUACAGAUUAUUAAAUGAAAAAUUAUCUACUGGCUUACCAGCGGCUAUUCCACAUGAACCUACAAGAGAUGUUUUGAUCUCUUGGGUAUCAGAAACAAAUGAAAUUUAA